GUGAACUCGAUAUUUAAAAGGCAAUUGAGGACUACUACUUUCAGCACUACCUGGAACCCAUAUGUUUGAACAUAGAAUGCGAAGGUGUCUAUGGCGGCCUGACCAUGGCACCUGGGAUCAAAGAAUUAUUGUUCAGUCGCUUUCAAGAUUCUAAGGGCCGAAUUGCCAUACUCACGCACGGUGAGAAUCAGUUGGAAUCGCCAGCUAUAGAGUCAGCAUAUAGAAGGAAGCUAUUAAUGUUCAAUGAGCCUGGUUAUCAUCCAUUCAUGAUCAUGGUCUUUGAAAACGGGGUGACAGAUCUGCUUCCAAUGGAUCUAAUGAUGCAGCAUAUAGACGGCAAAAUCUCUUUUUUAUUUGACUGGCGGAAAUAUUUCUGCACCUUGUUUUAUGACCAGCAAGAUGCAGAUGAAUGGAGUGAUUAUAUGGAGGUUAAGAGCUGUGUUCGGCUUUCAGGAGAACUGGACAGCCAUGAAUCUAUAGAGCUCGCUGAAUGUCUUGCAUCUGCAUAUACAACAUCAGCCCUGGUCAAUGCCGCUGGCACAACAGAAAUCGGCCAUGAUGGUCGACUGUUAAUGGCCGGGAGACGCCGCAGAUUCCGACUGGGACUUAAAUCGGGCCAAUUGCGAUACCGGGAACGUCCCUAUACGAGAGACAUCUUUGAUCACCGGUUUGAGAGACUUGAUGAAGAGCGUGUAAUUGAAAAGCUUCACCGAGAACAACUGCUGAUACACGAUCUGUGUGGAAGAGCGGUUAUUGAAUGGUAG